AUGAGUCUACUAGUGUGGAACUGUCGUGGGCUUGGGAACCUGCGUACAGAAAAUGAGCUCGUUACUUUGAUACGGGCUAAAGAUCCCUUUGUCGUGUUCAUAGCCGAAACAUGGGCAGAUGAUGCAAGGCUAGACCGUACGUUGAGCAAAAUAAAUUUUGAUCAGAAGUGGGUGGUGUCGAGGGUUAACAGAAGUGGUGGCUUAGUGUUAUUUUGGAAGAAUUCUGUAAACCUUAUUGUAGUAGAUUCACACAGGUAUUAUAUUGACACUAUUAUCAAUGGGAAUUCCAAGAAUGAGUGGAGAUUUACUGGCUUUUAUGGGGAACCUGAGACCUCAAGGAGAAUUGAAGCAUGGAACAAAUUGAGGAGGGAGCACAAUCAAAUGCAGUUAUUUAGAGAUGUGAUUGAUGAGUGUGGCUUCAUGGAUUUGGGUUUUGUAGGUUCAAAAUUUACAUGGGCAAGACACUUUGAUGAUGGACACUCUGUUAGACUAAGAUUAGAUCGGUGCCUGGCUACUAAUUCCUGGUUUCAUAAAUUUCCGGGAACUAGAGUCCAUCACCUUCAAUCUAUGUCAUCGGAUCAUUCUGCACUUUGGGUAAAUUUAUUAGGAUUGGAAGAGCCGAGUAGGAAGAAGUGCUUCAGGUUUGAGGAAAUGUGGUUGUCUGAGCCCUCUUGUGGUGAAACUAUUGAAGAAACUUGGAAUAAUACUUGUGAUCCAAAUCCAGGCUUAGCUAUCUUGAAAAAGGUGGCUCAAUGUGAACAUGAAUUAACUCGGUGGAGUAAGCAUAACUUUGGUCAUGUGAGAAGAGAAUUAGCAGAGAAGAAGAAAUUGCUUGUGGUGGCUGAAAAUGAAGCAAUAGUCAGUGGGAAAAACUCUCGGGUUAGGGUUCUCAAGGCUGAAAUUAAUAUCCUUCUAGAUAGAGAAGCUAGAAUGUGGUGCCAAAGGUCACGAGUCUUAUGGCUUAGUAAAGGCGAUAGCAAUACAGCUUUUUUCCAUAGCAAGGCAACAAAAAGGUUCAGGAAGAAUUUAAUCAGGGGGAUUAAAAAUGCUAGAGGUGAGUGGUUAACUGAGAGGGAGGAAAUGGGUUUGGAGCUGACAACCUACUAUGAAGAGCUUUUCUCCUCUUCACAUCCGAGCCUUACUGUGGAGGCUCUUGAGAAAAUCCCUUGCUUGGUGACGGAAGAGAUGAAUGCAGACUUGGUGCGUGAUUUUUCAGAAUUGGAAGUGUGGGAAGCUUUAAAUCAAAUGGCACCUUUAAAGGCUCCGGGUCCGGAUGGAAUGCCUCCACUCUUCUAUCAGCAUUUUUGGGAGCUUAUGAAGUUUGAUGUAACCACUGCCAUCCUCUCUUGGUUAAAUACAGGUACUUUACCCGACCCUAUAAACCAUACUCUUAUUACUCUUGUGCCAAAAGUUGAUAACCCUGAACUUGUGAUGGAGCUUCGACCUAUUAGUCUAUGCAAUGUUCUCUACAAAAUAUAUUCCAAGGUCCUAGCUAAUAGACUAAAGAAAUUCCUUCCAUCCCUAAUCACUGAACACCAAUCUGCUUUUGCUAAAGAUCGCCUAAUUUCAGAUAAUAUUAUGGUUGCCUUUGAAACCCUCCAUCAUAUGAAGCAUCAUAGCUCGGGUAGACAUGGUUUUAUGGCCUUAAAACUAGAUAUGAGUAAGGCAUAUGAUAGGGUUGCAUGGGUUUAUUUGGAGAAACUUAUGGAGAGAAUGGGAUUUUGCUCUAGGUGGAUUGCUCUUGUCAUGAGUUGUGUUAGAACGGUGACAUAUUCCAUUAUGGUUAAUGGUGAACCCAUGGGAAUGAUUCAUCCCAAACGUGGUAUAAGGGCAACUUAUGAGGAUUGUAAUAAUAUUUUGAAGUUGCUUGCUGAAUAUGAGUCGUUGUCGGGGCAAAAGAUCAACAAAGAAAAGACUGCAAUUUUCUUUAGCAAGUCUACAUCGGAAGAAGCAAAAGCAAAUAUCAAAAAUAUUCUCCAACUUCAAGAAGUUAAAUCCUACGAGAAGUAUUUAGGGCUGCCAUCUUUUGUGGGUAGGGGAAAAAAGGCGAGUUUUGAUUAUAUAAAAGAAAGGGUAUGGAGGAAGCUUCAAGGAUGGGAGAGCAAGUUGUUAUCACAAGUCGGUAGAGAGGUACUCAUUAAAUCUGUUAUCCAAGCUAUUCCUUCCUAUGCCAUGGGUUGCUUCAAACUUCCCAUUGGGCUUUGUGAGGAUAUUGAGGCUAUGAUAAGAAGAUAUUGGUGGGGCCAAAGGGGGGAUCGUAGGAAAAUUCAUUGGCUCCAUUGGAGUGAAUUAACGAAAUCUAAAAUGGUAGGAGGAAUGGGCUUCCGUGACUUGGCUCAUUUUAAUGAUGCUCUCCUAGCUAAGCAAGCGUGGUGUCUUAUGCACAAUAAGGACUCUCUCUUUUACAAGGUGUUUAAGGCGAAGUUUUUUCCUCAUGGCUCUCUAAUUGAUGCAAAAGAAUCCUCUUUCGGAUCGUAUGCUUGGAAAAGCAUCUUGAGGGAUCAUGACGUGGUCCUAGAAGGAGCUUGUUGGAGGGUAGGCAAUGGGAAAUCUAUCAAAAUCUGGCAACAUUAUUGGUUGCCACGAAAACACCCAACUAUGGUAGCAUCCCUGAUGGUGGAAUCUAUGGAGGAAGCUACUGUGGAUUGUUUGAUAGAUGAAGGGACACACACAUGGAAUGCUGACAUGGUGGAUGGAAUGUUUGCACCGGAAGAAGCAGAAGAAAUUAAGAACAUUCCAUUGACCCGGGAAGCAGAGGAUGGUUCUCACAUGGAGGCUCGGACUGAUCAUGAAAAAGGCUUAUGGAAGAAAAUCUGGGCUCUGGCAUGUUCGACUAAGGUGAAGAAUCUAGUUUGGAGAGCUUACCGUAACUCCCUUCCAUCAAAGAGCAAUCUUUUGCGUAGAACUAUUAUCACGGAUCAGACUUGUGUCCGUUGUCGAGGUGAAGCGGAAGACGUGAUUCAUGUAGUAUGGAGUUGUAAAAACCUGGAUUGUGUGUGGGAUAAGGAUACCGCAUGGAGUUUUCGGAACCAGACUUCUUUUUCCAGCUUCAGUGAAUUGAUGGCUUGGGUAUUUGAGCAUCAAUGGAAGCCAACUCUCUUUGCUUUCACGGUGUGGUCCAUUUGGACUCAAAGGAACCAAAUGCGCUCUCAACAACCAUGUUGCUCCCUGAACCUUCUUUCUCAAUUUGCAGCUGAGAGAUAUUCAGAAUACCAAGCUAUCUUACCGCCAUCUUCACCUAGUAGACCACGCAUGAGAACACGUUGGAAGCCACCUCCAUUGGACGUCUUCAAAAUUAAUUUUGAUGGAACCGUUUUUGCCGAAGAAAAUUGUCCAGGGGUGGGAGUUAUUAUCUGUAAUAGAGAAGGCUUGGUGCUUGCAGUCAUGAUAGAAAAAAUUCCCCAGCUCCUCCAGCCAAUUGAAAUUGAGGCCAGGGCAGCCACAAGGGCUCUUGAGUUUGCUAGGGAGGUGGGCAUCUCAGUAGCUAUUCUUGAGGGAGAUUCUUUGCUGGUGAUUAAGGCGUUAGAAACCAAGGACGUUGGACUUGCUCCAUUUGGUCUUUUGAUUCAGGAUGCUUACAGUUUUAUUCCAGCUUUUUCUUUAUUGUCUUAUUCUCAUACAAAGAGAGAGGGCAACCUAGUAGCACAUGAUUUGGCGAAGUUAGCUGUUACUAUCCCAAAUUAUGUAGUAUGGAUGGAAGAUGUUCCAUCGGAAGUUGUUGAUUCAUAUCAGGCUGAUUUGGCCAGAGUGGAGGACCGACAUGGAAUGUUUUAUCAAUCACUUCCUUCUGCAUUUGACUCACUGUAUAAUAUCAUUUCCAAGUUCAAAAAUGUAGGCCUCGAUGUAACUGAUGUGGUGUCCUUAUCAGGUUCUCAUACAAUAGGACUAGCUAGGUGUGCUGCCUUCAACAAUAGGUUGUUCAACUUCUCAGCAACUGGCCUUCCAGACAGUUCUAUGGAUACAAAUAUGCUGUUACAGUUGCAAGCAGUACUGUGCGGAAACGCUAGUAGCCAUGGCUAUAGUGCUGACCCAAACUUGGGAAACUCUACAACACCCCUAGAUCGAGACUCAACUAAUGAUUGUAACCAUUACUUUUAGAACUUGCUCAAUGGAAAGGCCCUACUUAGUUCCGACCAAGUUUUAUUGAAUAGUGAUGAAACUAAUCGUUUGGUUCAAAAGUAUAGCAUUAGUAUUAAUUGUUUCUUUGUGGACUUUGCCAAGUCCAUGGUCAAGAUGGGGAAUAUAAGUCCACUUACUGGGUCCCGUGGAGAGAUACGCAAGAACUGCAGGAGAGUGAAUUGA